GGCUGACGCAAGGCCCCGCGCUCGGCAGCGGUAGCGUUCGGCUCCGGCACGGCUCCGCGGCCGCGCUCCGCUGGGGAGCCGCGGAAAGGCGACGGCGGUUGAAGCAGCCAUGUUGGAGCGGGGAAUAAAGUGACUUCGCUCGGGGAGGUGGCGCGGCCGGCGGCUCUUGGGGCAGCGAGGGGAGGGGGCUCGGCUCCCGGCGCGUCCGGAUAUCGCUCCUGGGCGGAGGAAGAGAGGAAGGAGAAGGGGCAGGAGAUCCGCCCCCGGACCCGCGGAGCCCCGGCGCUGCUGGCCAGCUUCAUGCUGACACGAUGGGAUUGCUUUCUCCAUGACUGGGGCUAGCUGGUGUCUUGCUGCCAGUAUUUUUAUACCUAGUGCUCCUUUUGCAGUGCGCACCAGCUUCGCUUCUUCUGUUGGAUAGUAGUGUUAUUCCCGUGGAAUUUAGUGUUUGUGAGUCUUACAGCUGAGCAAGCUUUUUGCUACACAGCGUGGAAUAAAGGGAAGCUGCGCCCUGUGUCAGAGCAGAGAGUUAAUACAGGUUUAAGUUUCUUCAUAGAUAUAUAUAGCAGCAGUCGAAAACAAGAUAUACUUUUUGUAAGUACUGAUGAAUGCUGAAGUCUUCUUCUGAAAAUGAUGUAUUUUUCGUUAAAUUUAAUACUGGUUAUGUGUGUUUCUCCUACCAUAAGUAAAUUCCUUGAAGAUCAAGGUAAUGCUUGGAAAAAAAAAUAGAAAAUUGCCCUAAAGAACGAUUGAAAUGAUUGAAAUGACUGUAAUUUGGGGACACUACUUGGAGACACUGUAGCUAUUUCAUUGGAGUUUUUAAAAAUAAAUUUUAUUUUAAAGGUGAUGUGCAACUUAAAAAAUGGGAAGUGUGUUCUAUUUUAAAUGUUAAUUAAAUUCAUGGAAAACAGAAAGGCAACUGAUGGAUAGAAGGGUGUUACGACCUUGUGGAAAACAGAAGGUAUUUAGGAUUCUAAUAAGCACUGUUGGCAUUUCUAUACUAUAGGCCUUUCUGUUUUGUUUAAGAGGUCUUGAAGUAACAUUAAUAAUUGUGACCUAUUUUUAGGUUUAGUUUGUCUUUUGGAAAACGGAAAAUCCCAUAUGUGAUGUAUAUGAAACCUUUCUUACGUUGAAGAUGUGAGGAAAGUUUCAGGGUUUUCUGAAGAGACACAUUCACAGAUUGAGAGAAAGAGAUUAUAAUUGCAAUUUUAUGGCUUAGUGAAAUUUCUAAGUAGCAAAUGUGAUGUAAAGAAAGGUAACCACAUUUUCUUCACGUGUGUGAGGCCAUCCUCUGUAUGCAAUUUCUGCACUGCCAUUUGUUGUGUGCUUCAUGGUUAGUUAAUGUACAUUGGGCACGUUAUAAAUGCAUGUCUGGCAUAUCAGAAUAUGAUUUAUACUGUGUAAAUCAUAAAUACUUUAUUCAGUGUUUUCACUGCUCAUUACACAGACUCUUCUAGCAGCACUUGAGAGGGUAAAUGAAUUCUCUUAAGACCUAAAUGCUGUCAUCAGCGAGAUCUACCUGUUUACAUUCUGUAGGAGCUGUACAUGGAGUGCUUUUUGAAGGAAUAAUCCACUGCAUGAAUAAAGAAUAUUCAUGUCUUUGUCAAGCUGAAGUUUAUAAUAAAUUCUAAAUCAAGUAAAAAUACUGUUGGUUUUUUUGUUUUGUUUUGUUUUUAGUGAAGCAGCCUCCUGAACUUAAACAUCUUGUCUCAAAGCAGCAGUAUUAAUAAUUCAGUAGGGUUAAAAGAGAGGAUUGCUUUUUGACAGUUUGUAAUUAUUCAAAGUCAGUUGAGUUUAAAGGGGAAAGAGAACUCUGUAUGAAUUGGCAUGCUGAAAUUAACCUACCCUGUUCCGUAGUGUGGGAUGUACUGUUUUAUCAGAACGGUGUAGCGUAAUGGGAUCAGCUUCUAAAAUUCAGUCCAGCUGAGUGAAAAAGCUGCAUCUUGAAGGUGUUUUUAUUUGUACAGUUAGAUCGGGACGAUCACUGGAACUGAAAGUGAAGACAGAGGCCCUGUUACACAAGGUCACAGACUGGCUGGUGGCAGCUGUCGCGCUGUGGCAGCUGGGCAGGCCUGGUGCUGGGAGCAGGCCCUUGUGCGAUAGCUGUGCCACGGAGCACAGUUCCCAGAGCAGGCUGUCGUUGUCGUUGGAGAGUAAAAGUGCUUUGAGGUGAAUGCUGAUUUACUGCAGCCUCCAAAAGCCAUGCUCACGUGUACAUCAGUUGGUAGGUUGCCCUACAUGAGUAUUUAGCAUGACAGUUUGGAGGCCGUGCCCAAGAAAAACGUUACAGAAUAUAUGGUAUGUGUAAAAGUAAAAAAAAUUUCUUAGUAGUGUUACAUAUUAAAGGUUAACAGUAAUGAUCUUCACAGCAACAAAUUUUUAAAUAUUGUAUAUUUAAGAUGCUGGCAAACAUUAUCUGUAAACUGCUAAAAGGUCAGACAUAAUCCUAGUCUUUUUGCAGUGUUCUUUAAAGACUGACGUGAUAUAAUGCUCUCUGAAGAAAGUAAGAAAUUUCCUGUGUGUUUUAUAUACCAAUAUGAAGUGGCUCUUUUUAUGCUUAGGUGUUUCCUUAAUUAAAUCCAAAUGUCUGAAUAAAAGCUAGUACAUUUGUAUUGUUCUGAUACUUUUAUUCAUAAAGUUGUGAUAUGAAACACGAACAAGAGCUUGCCUUUGCUGUGUUAGACGGGGCUCUUGAGUAGAAGAUUUAUAUGUGACAUUAUCCUCUGCAGAUCCAUGGGGAAAUUCGAUUGUAAGCCAGCUCUGGUGGCACAGGUAAAUGUUUUUGGAGAAAAUAUGGAUCAGUUUGUGAGUGUGCAGUUUGUGGUUGUACUGAAGCUGAACAAACUUGAGUAAUUGUUUUUUCCCUACUGGACUGUACCAGAGUUUGAACAUAAAGGUAGAUUUUUGGAAACGUAAACUGGAGGUGGCUGCGUGUGGCACUGACUGCUUUCUUAAACCUUAUCCCACAUGGUACGUUUUCCAUGUGGUUCGGUUGUUGUGAGACUGGAGUAGAAGGAUGGCACCUCCCGUGGCCUACUGUCCCCAGGCACUUCCCUUCUCUCUUAACUUCACUGGAGGAGCUGUCCCAGGGUAGAACUGCAGUCAGCGUGUAGAGUAUAUAGGACUUCUCCAUCUUACCUCAGUUAUUUGCUCAGAAAGUGUCUGCUGUUGGUGCUCAUGGACCUAAAUGGUAAUAGGUUCAAUUGUUUGUUGUUCAUUAAACAUGUAUGUUCAAAAGAAUUGCAUGGUUUCGAUUUAUACUCAGUGAUAAAGUACAGUGUGUCUGUGCUGUUAACAUAAUGAAUGGGAGAUGGCUAAGUCUUUCAGUAGUCUUGAUGAGUAAGUUGGUAAUUCAGACAGAGGAUACUUACUGAAGUUAAUAAUUAUUAAGUCAUUGGAAUUGAUUCAUUACAAGCCUAAUUAAUAAGAAGCCUUUAUUAUGUACUUACCCAUCACACCCUCAUUAUGUUUUACUGAAUGUCAGAACAAUAUGUGAUAGAAGUAUUUUGAAUGAUUUCUCAAGUAUCAUAGUAAGCUGUGAAACACAAAAUGCCAACCCUGUAUGCUAUAGCAAAACUUGUUGCUUUUUGAGCUUCUUGGGCAAAUUCAUUCAGUAUGUUUUUUUGCUGGUGAACUACAAUAGGAAUGGAUUUCCAGGAAUAGUUUGUUGAGUAGUAGGUAGAAUAAUACCUUCUGUUUGUUUUGGUAGUACUGGAGAGACUUUGAUCCUUACUCUUGUUUUUACUUUGUUGCGAACAUCCUGAUAUAGGGAGGGUUACCACAGUGGUUAAACUGUGCAUGAGAAAUAGGAAGUUCAGCAAGACUUCUUGCUAGUAUGAAAGCCACUGUCUGUCCUCAGGUUAUUUCUCUCCCUGUUUUUUUAUUUGUAUUUUUUUAUGUUCACUUUGCUCUGUGUUAUAUUGAGGAAAAUACAGUUUAUAUUUUGAAAAAGGGAUACAAAAUAUAGAGUGUAUUUCAAGUGUUCAGGAAUCAUCAGAUUUGGCUUAAAAAGUCUACUUGGCUUCAGUGUAUACCACCAGCUUUGGUAUCCAGCGUCUCUGUAGUUUAAUGGUUUCUAGAUUCCAGUCUGAUAUUUUUUUUUUCCAAAAGCUUUGUUCUUUCUACCAAAAAGAGUUUAAUUUGAUCUGCUAUAUUUUGAUAUUUUGUAUCAUCUUGCUGUGAGAUAUAUAUAUUUGCCUUUUGAAAGGUUAAUUUGCUGUAUAUUGAAACCUUUAAUCCGCUAAAUAUCUCUUCUGCUUGACUUUUGUACUCAUCUGUUACACUCUCAUGUUGAAUGGUAAGUAAGGACAAACCUAGUCUGGUAGGAAACUGGAUAUGUGGUUUAUGUAACUUUAUUAUAAUAGAUUGGUGCAACAUGCAGAAAGUAUGUGUAGCAAGAAUAGACUUUAAAAUUGUUGGUCCCGCUAUUUCUUGCUUUGUGAAUCAGACUAUAAUGUUUGUUGUAAAAAUUUAGUAGUAACAUGUAUUUGAACAGUAAAUCAAUGAUAAUGUUAUUAACACUGGUAAUUGCAGAGUCUUUAAGGGGAUACUAAGAUCUCUAUUGUGUAUAGUCACUGAGUGAGCAGGAGUUUUGGAAGAUGUGCGUAGGGGAAAAAGAACAGCUCCUGUGAGGAUGCCCUGGCGAUGACAUUGUGUCUGUCUGGCAUUCAGCCUGUGAACUUAGCAUUUUUCUUCCUCUGAGAAAUAGUGGGGGAUAGGUAAUAAAUUCUGCACUAGUUUUCAAAUUUUUCAGUUUCAGUAUUUAGAUCUUUUUUCUAAUGGGCUGUCAGAGAGCUGCAUACUUACUUACUUCAGCUCAGAAGUCAAGUUUGCAAACACCUUAAUUUGUUCUGAGCCCCACCGAAGGGAGCAGGUGCUCUUCAGGCAUCACUUUUCCAAGUGCAGUGUAAAUGUAUUGACGCAAGUCCUCCUGUGGAUCUAGCUGAGGACCUAGCAAGUGGGGAGGCACACAAGCUGUCUAGAGUUGUCUUCGUAUAUUCAGUGUGUAUUUUUGUCUAGUCACUGACACUUCUUAGAGCUCUCUUAAGCUUAUUCCAGGUGCAGACUGGUUCUUGGGAAGGCACUCAAUCUAUUUAUACAGAAUUGAUGUUGCAUGAGGGAGGUGUAAAAGAGAUUCUUCUUAUGGCGUUAAUUAGAAUUGAUGGAAGCGUAUCAUAGGGAAAUUAGGUACUGGGAAAAAAAAGGUAUCUUCAUGCUUCAUUUAUUUCAGAUUUGCCUUGGUAACGUUUGAAUGCCUUUGCUUUUUUGCUGUCAAAAUGUCACUAUUUGGAUCUUUCCCAAUGUUUUCAUUCUACUGAUAGGAAACAGAAGGGAAGGAACUAAUUGAUAUUAGUCUGGAAAACAUGUUCUGAAUACAAGUACAAGCAUUUGUGCAUUCUCAUCCUCAUCCAGAUUUCGAGGGUGUGAGAUAUGUGACAACAGGAGCAUCGUUCUGGGAAUGCAGUUAGGUUUCUUGGGAGGCCAAAAUGAGUUUCCUUCCUUACUGCUACCAAACGAAAGUGCUCAUACUUCUCUUGUUACAGAUUCUCUUAAAUUGUUGCUUUGUAAUGAAAAGCUUGUCUUGCUAGCUCGUUAGUAAUUGCUACCUCCUACUCUCUUGUCAGCAGGGGGUAGGAUUGCCUCCUACACCCAAGAAAAAAAAAACAACUUGAAAAUUAGAUUGUGAUAGAGGCUAAAUUUAAAAGAAAUUUGAGAAGAAAUAGGCCAGGCUAAUCUUUCAUUCUGCAAGAGGUCCAUUUUUUCUGUAGAUACUAAGUGAAGAAAAAAAACAAAAAAAUCCAUCAUUUUCAUUACAGUGGUAUCUUUGCGGGUCCAAGCAACUCCUGUGUUACUGGGCAGAGAACAUUUCCAAAUAGGUUGGGUUUGCUAACAUUUACUGGCAUUCCAUAUUUGAUAAGGCUUUUCAAAGUGGAAAGCUUUCUGCAGUUCAGAAGCAGUUGCACGUGAUACCUGAUUGCCUCACAGCAAGAGGGGAGGGCGCUUCUGAACUUCAGGAGGAGUGUAAGCUGUGAAAGCUUGUAGAUGGUUGUGCUUUCACAAUGGGACAGUAUAGACAACCACACUUCAAACAAAAACAUGAGAGGAAAGUUUGUCAAAACUCUGCUGUGAUGACUCAUGCAUCUUUUUCAUCAUCUCAGAUUCUGUCUGCGCUGCAGUCACAGCAGUGAAAAUACGAUGGUAGCUGUUAAAUAUUGGUUUGCAUGCUGCUACCCACAGCAGCAGUUCCUUGAAAUUAGUUGUGAAAAAUGUUAUAAAUCUUUCUGUGUAGCCUUCCAGUCUUUCCUCUCCAUUACUUGAAUUUUUUUAUUCCCUGCAGAUUGAAAGCAUUUCCCUUACACUUUUUCACAUUCCAUUUAACUUUAACGUUCAGUGACUAUGGUAAAUGUUUUUGUUUUUUCAACAAUUAAUCUGUUCUUCAGUCUGUGUCUGCAGCUGAUUGGUGAAUAUUUAUUCCCCCUUCCUGUCAGUUUGCUGCUUUAACUGUAGAAUACAAUAUACACAUAGAGAAUAAAACUAACACGUAUAGUGGUCGAGUUUGGGUGCUUGACUGGCAUGUUGUGGUUGAGGCUUUGUGAAGCACUGGCUUAUUUUGAAACCAUGGGUUUUAUUGGAUGUAGUCACCUUUUGUCAUGGUUGUUCAGAAUUAAUAUGAAUGUAUUCGACUGUCAUAUUGAAAUAAAGAAUAACUGUAUGAUUUAUGGGAAAUAAUAUUUGAUGAUCCUCGUAAUAUUCCUUCCAUUGUGUGUAGUGGUUUUUUUCUUGUGGGAGUAGACAGCUUGUAACUUCCUUAUGUAUUCAGGUGAACAUAUGAGCUUAAGUGGUCACACUCUCUUUGAAUCAUCAGUGAGACUUACGUUAUAAAACAGGUUGUGUGGCAUUACUGACACUGAAUUCUAUUGAACUAGAAAAUUGCUUGUAAAUGCUUGCCUUCAGACCAAGCCUUCCUGUUUCAGCAUCUGGAAAAUCAAGUCACUGGUUCUCAACAAUUCACUUUUGUCUUUUUUUUUCUUUAAUAAUUUGAUUAUUUUGCCUAUUUCGUAGAUACUAAGUGUCUACAAGUACAUGGACAGUUAGUAUGAAUCGACUUCUGUGUCGUCAGUCAGGUGGCAAUGCUGAGAUGAAAGCUGAUAUAGAGGAGACAAGUAAUACUCAUCAAGUAAGAGCACUGUCCAAGUGUGCAGAAUAGGACUAUUACUUAUUUGCAAUCAAAUGACUUAUAAAAAAUUUUCAGGUUAAGAUUUAAUGCUAAGAAGUUUUUUUGAGUCUCCAGUUUAUUCGGUAGAUACAUAUUGAUUUGUAAGAAUGGUGGCUGAUAAAGGAAUUGAUUCAGUAAUUCAGAUUUGCUAUUAAUGUUCAAUCUACAGAGUUACUCUGCUUUAGUUUUUCUAGCCAAUCUUUAUUUUUCAAAGGACAUUACUAUGUACAUCUUUGCUGUGGUCUGUGUUCGUGUCUUCAGCUGUUCUUCAAGACAACUUACUUGUUUCAAGUUUAAGAACUUCAGAAGAAUGAUGUGGGGUUUUAUGUAUUUUCUGUAUGUCCUGAAAAGGGUAGCAUUUCCUACGUAAUUCACUUAGUGUCUCUCAAUGUUAAAUGGAGAUCUGUGCAGUUCUUUGAAAAAGCUCAGCUCUUAAAGUAUUUGUCAAGAUUUCUGCCAUGUAGUAGAUCAUUCUUAAUGCUUUCAGUGGAAUCCUCAGUCACUAAGUACUGUGUAGUUCUUUGGAUGUCAGGUCUUUAUUUGGCUUUACCUGCUUGGCUGUAUGAACAUGCUUUUUUUACAAACAGAUAUUUGAUCCUGGACAGAGUUGGAAAACUGGUAUUUCACAUAUUUUGUGCAAUGGCAGAUCAGCUGUCACAUACAAGGAAGGGUAAAUUAAAGAACAGAAAUGCAUGUUGAAGUACACUCAUUUUAAAACUAUGGUGGGGUAGUGGUGUGGAUUUUAUACAGGCAUUCUUAUAUCAUCUUAUAAACGUAUGCAGUUGAGAAAACAACGUGGUCUUAUCUUGAAUGUGAACCUUCUGAUUCUGUAGAGAUUGUGGAACAGAUGAGAUUUAAAUCCAUUGUCAGCAUUUUUUCUUAUUUUGCUUGAAAGGUGUAGGGUUUUUUUUUGUCAUUGUUUUUACUUCAGAAAGUCAAGCUCAACUUGCAUGUGGUUUGCAGGAGCUUUAUGGUUUUCCUUUUUUGAAUGCUGCAGUGGGACAGCUUCAAAAAAAAAGAAAAAAAGGAAAAUGAGGAAGAGAAACAGCACAUAAAGCCCCUCUACCUUGAAGGCAUAAUCAGGAUUCUGAAAGCUUGCUUGAACAGAAUCUGGAUCAGAGCAGAAGCAACUGAAAAGUGUUUUGAUGUGCUUUCAUUGUUGGAAUAGCAAAAUGGUAACUUCUAGGUAUUAGUGUUAGAUUAUUCAGUUAUACAAGAUAAAAUAAUUAUAGAUGAGAUAAUGGGGGAAAAAGAUGGAAAAAACUGAUCCUAAACCCAAGUUCAUGUGUUAUGCUUUGAUGUUGGGAUUUUAGUUGAACUUAAAUCAUUAUAAACUGUCCUAAAAUAAUCAGGACAGAAGUAGUUUUGGUGUUCUUGGCUCACGCACCACAAUAUACUACAUGUACAUGUUAUAAUACUGUAACGUGUGUGUUUGAUUAUUAUGCUUAAGUGUUCUGACCAUAUCUCAUGUUUCAGCUCCUCGAGAACUUCUCAUUUGAGCAUUUAAUCCAGGUUUGUCUACUGCACGACUUAAAAUGAUGGCUGCCAAAAACUGAGGAUGGCUGUGUAUCUCUGUCCAGAGAAAAUUCUUCCUCGAAGGCUCACUUACGUUAUUCUUUUACAAAAGUACCAGUUUGGGAUUGUGUGCUUUUUAACAGUAGUCCUGCAAAUACAGUGAAGGAGAGUACAUAUUUUUUUUCCAAUGUUCACGUUAAUAUUUUUUCUUUAAAAAAUUACCCACUUAGGUUGUAAUUAUGAACCUAUACACCUUCAGGGAUGAAAGCAUCAGGUAGCUGGUUAAUGUAUUAGCUGGUCUGUAUUGCAAAACAUUUUUUCCAUUCUUUUAGGUAUCUGUUGUGUAGCCACACUUGUACUCUGAGUAAUAAUAUAUUCAUUUCUAAGUUGGAUCUAAACUCUUUCUUGCUCUUCACUGAAGUUAAAAUAGCGUUAAAAAAAAAAAAAGUCUGAGAAAAUGAACAGAAAAGUCUCUACUCACAGUAUAGCUUUCAACUGUACCUUAUAGCCUUUACACAGGAAUAAGAAUUUCUGUAGCUUCCAAGAAAUCAGUUGUGUCAUUAACAUUUAGGCUUAAGGACUGUGUAAAGCUGUUGAGUGUAUUUCUCUUAUUUUAAGAAUUUUAAAAAAUUGUUGCAGGUUAGUAAUUGAUAAUAUUUGAAAUUUUAAUUAUAAUUGCUGAAGAACAAGGGACGAAUAUGCAUCGUGACAACUGAAUUAUGUAAGAUAUCAAAUUUUCCUGUCAAAUUGUCUGAGUCACAUAUUUCUCUCAUUUUUUAAAAAAAUUUUAUUUUGUUGAACGUAUUUGAAAUUGAAAAAACUCCUAUGCAGAGAGCAAGGUAAUUAGAAAUAAUAGCACACUUCAGUAUUUUUACUUGAAUAGUUUCAGCUGCAUGAAUUUUAAAUUGGCCGUCUAGUUUAAGGGGCUGAAUGCACGUGCUGAAGUCAUUUAAUGGCUGCCUAGUGAUCUUCAUAGCUGAGAGAAGUACUUUAAUCUAAUGUGCAAAAGGAAACGUGCAAAAACAUCUGUAUUUAAAAGUGUAGAUGAGAACAGUUCACAUUUUUUUUCUAGCAAACUGUUUAUAACGAUAGAAUACAUGAUAAUGAAGAAGUUUGGGUCAGUGAAACUGAAUUUAUAGCCUGAAGUGAUUUACUUUUGCUUUCGAAUAUGUCUGAUUUAAUGAAUAGAACAAUGCAAUACAGUUCUUUGCAAUGUGUUGAAAAUGUUAGCUAGGCUAUGGAAGCAAGAAGUUUGUGUUUCUCGUUCUUUGUAAGAGUUGUCUUCCUAUGCUAGCUUCAUUAUGGAAAUCAUGGCAUUUCUUUCAUUCUUCCUGAAAAGUAAUGGAAUUGUUAUCAAUUUACCUGCAGGAGAUGAGUAAAGAUGAAUAUUCAACUGCUUUGAAUAUUACCUUAUUUCUAAAUAAAACAAGAUUUCUGUUUGGGGUUGGAUGACUUUUGAUAAAUUGUUCUUAGAUUUUUAUUCUUCAGUUUCCAUGGCCCAACUUCUGGUUUUGUCAUACUUCUGCUCCGUCUUUGAAGAUUGGAUAAGUGAACAGAGAACUAAGACUUGCAUGGUGAAUUUGUGUCUCUGAAGAAUGAGGGCUAUUUCAGUUGUCUCAAUAGAUAAUAUUCCUUUGCUAAAAUGAUUUUCAGACAGUAACCCUUCAUUGAUGUAAGGCUUCAUAUAUGUAGUAAAGGAAACUGGAGAUUUUUGAAGCUCUGGAGGUUUUGUCUCUCACUGUCUUUAAUGAUUAAAAUCUGACAUAUACACGUGAGUGUUCUCUAAUUGGAUGUUGAAAAUCCCUAGCAUAUUUUGCUAGGGAUAGAGCAAAAGUGAUAAUAAAUAUUCAACCUUUCCUGGAUAUUUUUUUUUAAUAAGAUUUCACAAUGGCAGAUUAGCCCAGGUUUUAUUUCAUUCAUUACUCUUAUGUGUCCUUCUUAAGAAUCACUUAUCAUGGACUCACAGAAUGGCCUGGGUUGGAAAGGACCUUAAAGAUCAUCCAGUUUCAACCCCCUGCUGUGGACAGGGCUGCCACCCACCAGCUCAGGCUGCCCAAGUCCCCGUCCAACCUGGCCUUGAACACCUCCAGGGAUGGGGCAGCCACAGCUUCUCUGAGCAACAUAUCCCAGUGCCUCACCAUCCUGUGAGUAAAGAAUUUCUGCCUAACACCUAAUCUAACUUUCCCCUUGUUCAGAUUAAAGAAAGCCAUUCUGCCAUGUCCUGUCACUAUCAGAGCGCGUUGAAAGUCUGUCCCCCUCCUGUUCAUAAACUCCUCUCAAGUACCUCUGAAUUAACAACCUCUUGAAGCUGGACAUUUUACGGAUACACGGCUAAUGUUGGCAGUUAAGUAAAAAGUCCUAAUCUUCACAGUGAAUGGAGGAGAGAAUGGUAUCUUGAUUGAAUGCAUCGAUUUUUGCUAAGACAAAGCCUUAGUUUCAGGAUAGUCCUGUGAAAUAAUAGACGCCAUUAUUAAACAUUUCUUUCCUUUAAAAUUGUGAAAACUGCAAUAUACGGGUUUGGAAAGCAAAACUUCCUUAUUUUACUUUGAAUCUAUGUGAGUAUAUGCAAAUUUCAGUAAACUUCCAUUCACAGAUGAAAUUUGAAGCAGGCCUUUUGGUCUCUGAGGUGUGUUAUGUUGGCAUAAUGGUGCUCCUGGGAUUUGGUGCAGUUCUGAUGUCUUCGGUGGAAAAAUAAUUAGGUCAGUGGUAGGAGAUUUAAAAAAUAAUAAUGAUAAAAAAGCAUAAAACAUUUACGAAAGCAAAUAAUGGUGUGAAGGUUUCUUUGGAAGCACUUCAUUUCAGUGAUGCCUGUGGUAAAAUUGUUUUGUCAUUGUUUGUGCUCCAGAGCUCUGUACAGCCAGUCCUACCCCAGCUGCCUGUACCUUGGAUCACUGCUCCACCUCUAGUUAUAGCAGAUUUGUUCUUAAUGCUCACUGUGGGAUCACCCAUCAGUGCCAACUUGAUCUAGAUAAAGCAUCGGCAAAUAAUAGCACUUCUGUUGACUUGAUCAGAACACACCAGCCUGUUCCUUUUCAUCUUUGGGAUGGCUGUGGUAGGACAGAUGAUUCUCUGUUCCGUGUGGGUUUGGAACAGAAUUACACUUACAAAGUGUUUGGAAGAGAUUUGUGCAGAGAAGCCAGAGAGCUCUGGUGCUCUGCAUCAUGUGAAUGUAUAGGGCUUUGAUCUAGUAAUAAAGCAGGCUAAUAACCAGUAUAGGCUUAAGAUUUAGACCAAGUCUCUGUCAUAAUUUUCUACUUCUAUGGGUGGGAGAACUUGUUGCAUGUAGCUUACUCUAGUCCUUUCUCUCUUGUUUCUAAUUACUUUGUGAAUCGACUCUGCUUUUUUCUCCUCUCUUGACUUCUUAUAGUUUGUAUAUGUCUUCCAUUCAUUGCCAAUUGCAGUUCAGUGCUGAAGCAUCAUUCUCCAGUGGCUUUAGUUGCUUUAUAAACAUCAAAUUAUUUUUAGCCAUAAGAAUUCUUUCGUUGCAACUUCUUUUUGGAAACCUGUGUAUUCUGCAGUGACUUCCCUAACAACCUUUUCUGUACAGCUUCUGACUUUUUUUUUCUUUUUCAUUUUUCCAUUUCAUCUGAUCAGAGGUAGUACUGAUCAGAUGAAAUGAAAAUAACUGAUAGGUUUUUUUCCUCGAUGGCUACAUGAUGAUAGAACUGCAUUCUCUUCAGUAGCUCACAGGCUUUAAUUGAAUACCAAGAAGCGGAAUGGGCAAUUGAAGUAGCUUCUACAUAAAUUAUAAUGUGGGCAGUGAAGAACAAAUUAGAGCUGUUAAACACUAAUCUUUGAACUGGGGUUAGCGUUGUGUUUUGGUCUUUGUAACCUAUGUGGUUUUUGUGUGCUUCCUUGGUUGCUUGCUACUUCCAUAGAUUUCUGUAUCAGGUUUCUCCGAGUUAUCAGUGUUCUUUUAUCUUUGUUUGAUUUCAGUACAUCAAGAUAGUAUGUAUUUGGGUUUGUUACUUUUCUGGAAAUUGAAAUGGAUUAAAUCAUUAUUUAACAACAUCUAAUUUAGCAAAUUCAGCCUGGAUUCUUGGAAACCACCUUUAUUUUCAAUAACUGAGUAUGCUUUAUAUUUUUUGUGUGUAAAGCAAAAGUGAAUGCACUUCUGCAGUGUCAGAAGGCACUUUGUGUGUACCAUGUUUGCUGCCGUCAGCAAUUUCCUGUUACAGCUUUUUUUCUCAAUAAUGUUAGUGAAUUAAGAAGGGAAGUCUUUCAUAAUCAGAUAAAAAUUGCUGUGUGCCUUCUUCCUUCAUGUUCAGUAACUACGUUUUUGACACUGCUUCCAAUAACAAAGAUAGCUAGGUUGUAAAGAGCACGGUUCUGUUAAUUUAUGAAAUAAUUCUGUAAACAUUUGUCUUUUUAUUAUUAUAUUAUGACAUCUUUAUAGUUCUGUAGUCUAUUUUAUUGCCCACUUUUAGGUUCUCAUAAUUUAGCCAAUAUCCUGAGCUCUUCAUCAGCUUUUUAUUGGAGCCUCUACCGUAUAAUAAGAAUCCAUUCAUAAAAGUGGAAAGUGUAGUUAUUGGGACGGUCUCAGAGUUAAUGAAGAGUCAACAGAACGUAUUGUAGGAGUACCUGUAAGUACCUCAUUAGAAGUCUUGAAAUUUUCUCAUUAGUAUUUUGAGGGCAGCAGGGAAAAUUAAGCUAAAGUGAUUCUGUUGAAGCUCCAGAAUGAGGACUUCUUGGCUGAAGUAAAAGAAGAAAAUCUUAAAAACCCUUUGGUGGGAUCAGUUGUCAUGCAGAAUGUACGGCUGAUCAAAUAAAGGGAAGAGGAGCCUGUCACCCCACAGUCCUUCCCUCACAAGGAGUCUUACAGUCUCUGGGUACCAUACCUUUAUGGUGAAAGAGUUGCUGAGGCGGUGAAGGUCAUCUGGAGGAGCCAGGAAGCUUCCAGAUUAUGUCAAGUUAUCUUACCUAAGUACUGUUUUUGUGCUACUCUGGUAAAAAUCCUUUCAAAAAGUGUACCUUGAGUCCUUUCUUAUGGAUAGACCUGGAUCAGAAACAGACACUGGAGGAACGAUAUCGUAACUAGAUUAUUUUGUGCUUUUACGAAUUGCUAAUGAGGCAUGGAUGGCAAUUCCUUUUGAAAGCCGCCUCUUGGGUUCCCUUUUGUUAAACAGAAAUGUAGACUGCUCUUCAAGCAAAUGAAACUGCCGAAGUACAAGCACUAGAAAUGAAAACUGUGUUGCUCCUUAGAAACUUCUGGGAGUAUUUAAUUUCAGACUUAUCGAUCCUAGUCAUUGAAACAGUGAACUGCAGUGGAGGAGGUUCUUCUGGUUGCUCUUCAACAGUAGCAUACUUGGCUGGUAAAACAGAUUUCAUAGUAUGUGCAUCUCCUGGCACAGAGACUGCAGACAGAAAGCAGCAAUGUGGGUGCCAGGUUGCUUCAAGAGUGUUUUUGGAGAAAGGGCGAAGGAACGAGAGGAGCUUGGACUGCUCUUUUGGUGUAGCAAAAUAGAGAUCCUACAUGUCCUUAAGCAACUCUGCAGGACUGUUCUGAGACCUAUGUCAUUUGCUAACAUUAUAAUAAUGGUUAGGGCUCCUUUAUUUUCUGCCCUGGAGUUUUACAGCAAAACAGGUUUGGUAUUUUUCUGAGAGAGAAAGUUGCUUUCAAGGUGGAUCUAUAUUAGACUCUGACAUUAAGUAUUUCUGAAAUAAUAUUCUGUAGGGAAUGCUGAGUCUCUCUCUUUAUAGGCAGCAGUUCAGAUUUACCUUUUCACAGAGGAUUUUCUCUUUGUGAGACAAAUCUUGCAGCUUGACAGCAUUACCCAGGUCACUGACAGCAGGCAGCAAUCUCAGCCUCUGCAAGGCAUUGAGAUGGAGAAUGUGAAUCAGUUUGCUGGGGGAGGUGCUCACCUUCUGCUAGGCUGUGGCAGGAUGAGGCUGCCUCACAGCUGGGUUCUAACAGCAGAGUGAUUGUGUUAGUGAUUCAGGACAAAUUAUUUUGAAGACAUAUAAAAUUGCACUUCCUCCUUCUGCCAGGCAAACAAAAGAGAGCAAAUGGGUCUGCUCAGCACAGUGAUGCAUUUGUUAGCAGUGCUUGGUAUGGUCUCAGGGAUCCUUUUACUGCUUUUUUUUUUUUCAUAAUAAAAUACCUGGUUAUGUUUACAUAGGCUUAAAGGAUCCCAGAGAGAUUCCAUUCACCAGUGUGUGUGCCUGCUUUUGUUGACUUUACCUGUUUCAGUUCUGUUUAAAACAUUUUCUGGACAGUAAUUGUCGCUCCGUUUUUGUUUGCUAAUUACUCAUGUCUAGUUUAGUAUUAUUUGUUAAUGUUAAUAGUUGCUACUCUCCCAGUUUCCCCAUAUCCUAAUACCGCCUUAUUGACCCAUCGUUUACUUACAGAUUAGCUUGUUUCCAUGUGACUGGUUGUUGCUGUGUCUCCACUUCCCUGAGUCUGGCUGACCUCUUGUCAGUGCCAGGGGACAUAUUCUUUAGUCCUGGCUUUGCUGCAGGCCCUGGGGACUUGCUGCCAUCAGGCAGAGAAUGGCCUGUACCAAGAGAGUGACAAGAAGUGUGAGCAGCGUCCUCGGCUGUGCUGUCUGCCCUGUCUGGAGCAGGGGAGGCUUCUCCAGCUGGUUUGCCAGAUUCACCCAAAUUACAAAGUUGUAGUUCUGCUCAGUACCAGAAUUUGGGAAUCCUUGUCUGGACGGGAUGUGUUAGUCUCCAUGUAGGCUUUUUGUCUUCACACCUGUGGUGACAGCUGUGACAGCUUGAUCCAUGGCAGUUGCCUUAGUUUGUAUGCUUAAAUGAAGAGGUACUGUUCUUUAUCUGCUCCUGGAAAGUACCCUGGGAAGUACCGGUUGUGAGAUGUGGUAGGAUGGCUUAAUGAGGGAGUGGGAUGUCAUUGCAGGAGAAGCACGGAGUGUGAAAGGGAAAAACCUGCAUGUGGUUAUUACGCGGUAGGAACAGUCUGAACUAUUGGAGAGUGAAGGUGCAUGUACUGAGUGUUUGUUUUUCAUUUCAUACACAUUUGUUCUUGUCAGAUGUCAUCUUUCCUUAACAACAUUUGCUGUUAUCCUUUAUUUUAUUCACAAAUUCCAUUUAUGUCAUCUCUCAGCUUUUCUUCAACUAGGCUAAAUUAGCUAAUGGUAAAACUCCGAGUUUUUCAGGCUAUUUUUCUAGUACUCGACAGUAAAACCACAGUACUUCUGGUGCAGACAGUAUGAUACUGCAUUCGAUGAACAUCAGUGAUCUGUGCUCUACCUCCAAGACGGUAUCAAGGUGGCUUAAGCACAUUCUUGCCCUUUCUUCUCUGCCUUGCACUACAUAUUACCAGCACCUUGCUGUUGCCAACGUAACUGUGAAUCCACUCCACAAACAUAUGUCAAAACUCUUAUUUCUUUCCCAGGUUGUCAGCUAGAUCAUCAUUUGCAUUAGGCACAGUGUCUUAUGUGUUCAGUGUCUUUGGCACUGGGUGCCUAAACGAGAGCAAGCACUCUGAGUCCCUGUGUGCAUAUCCAAUUGACCCUUGAAUGGCAGCGUUAACAUAUCAGGCAGAUGUAGCAGCAUUUGUCUGAAUGUUGUAACAGAACAAAUUGGUCCCACGCUGGGACAUCUUGACUUCUAUGUAAAAAUUAAUACAGCAGAAAAAAUUGUAAUUGACUUGUUGUUCAGAGCUUUGCUGCUAGUGAGGAAUUUCAGGAGCUGGAGGAGGGAAGAAAAGACAGUAACCAGACUGGAUGUGGCUCUGGGCAGCCUCGUCUAGUGGUUGGCGACCCUGCACAUAGCAGUGGGGUUGAAACUAGGUGAUCAUUGUGGUCCUUUUCAACCCAUAAAAAAGAAAGAAGAAUUAUAAGUUUAUUUAGGUAAAAUACAUUAAUUCAAAUGCAUUUUGGGGCCAUAGUUGAGAGAGGUUGCUAUGCCAGAAUGAGUUUAUUUACUCUCUCUUUGGAGUUGUCUUUACAGUACCUCUGUGGAGAUGUUACACAUACUCAGCUUGACUACGAGAAACUUUUUUAGUCAUUGUUUCUGUCAAGAGUGACUUUGUUUUAGCCAAGGUAUUCUAUCACUGUAUUGUUUCAGACAUAGUAGUUUUACCACAGUUUGCUGUUGUCAGAAGUCUCUAGAAAAACACAGAACAUUUCUGUGUUAAAUAAGACUCCAUACAGUCAGUUCUGUUACACCAGUGUUUUCUUAAUAUCUUGCUUUGUGUCUCAUUGUAAUGCAUCAGAUAUUAAAUGUGACCUGCUAUUCUUAGAAGGGAAAAUAUCAUGGAUGUUGACAGUACUGUAGAAUGUGCUGCCUAUGUUGUCUUUUUUUCUCUAACUGAAAAUCCUUCCUGUGUUUUUAUGCUGUGCUUUCUUUCAAUAAAAGAAAAACAAAACAACAAAACAAAUCACAAAUUACAUUGAAACAGCUGUUGGUUUGUUUUUUUUUUUGAGUUGCCUUCUACAUGUGUAGAAGUGAGAGGAAUGCAUCCAAAAUUGUUCUAAAAUCAUUCCUGACUUUCUGAUAUUACUCAUGUAGAAAUGAAUACAUACGAUAAUUAUGAGAUGGUUUGGUUUAACUUUCUUUGUUAUGGAUUUGAAUGUAAAGUCUUUCUGGGUGUGUUUUUGUGUGUGUGUGUGUUCACAUAGUACAGAUACUGAGAAGGUGUACUGAGGUUCAGCAGAUAACAAAACCAAACAUUCAACAUUUGGAGGAAAAUUGGUACAGUGGUAGUACCAGUUGCCAAAUAAAGUAAUUCUUUUUCUGAUUGUAUUGUCUAUAGUUUUAAUAAUUACAAAGCUUUUUUUUUCUUUUCUGGAAUGAGCUCAAUCUCAGCUUUCUUAAUGGUAAAUUUCCAGGCAGACCUUGGUAAGGCUUCCUCAAGGCUUCCCCAGAGUAAUUAAUUUCUAGUUUAAGAGUAAAAGACCAAAACUUUUUUAGAUUUGGUUAGAAACUUGUACUACAGGGACUUGCUUAGCCAUAUCAGUGUUUUCUUUGGUUUUUAUCUUUGUUUAUAUUGCUGCUAUGUUUCUACAUGCUUGAUUCAGUAAUAUCAAAAUAAGUUGAAAGCUCUUCAUCAUCCUAAGUCUUGGGUUGUAAAUAUGCGUUGUUGUGUGUGUGCGUAAGAAAAGCCAGAUGUUGAGGCCUGGUCAUGAAAGGUCAGAUGCUUCAAGGACAGGUGAUGAUAGAUAGAAAACUAUGGAGGUGAAGCAAAGGUCCUCCUAUGUGAGACUCUUCGAUUUUGUACCUGAAUCCUGGCAUUAAAGGAAACCCUUCAGCGUUUGAAAGUGUGCAUUCUACAGAUAACAUUGUUUGGGCUCUCAAAAGAGUGCAGUUCUUUCACAGUCUUAGAAGUAGCAUUCUUGAGCCUAGUAGAGGAUUUCUGCUCAGUUUUCUUCCCUGGGCUGGCUCAUUGCAAGGCUGAAGAAAGCGGUCCUGGAAGAGAUGAGUGCACCAUUAUAGAUCAGUUACUAAAUCAAUCCCUGUAUUAGGGGAUAGCAAGCUUUCUGUGCACAACUUUUAAUGCUACUUUUCUUCUGAAGCCAUGUUAAGGCAAUUUACGCAUAUUAAUCAAAAUCCAGUAAAACUGCAGACAUCUUGUUUUCCAGUGCUCCUUACGUCUUUUGGUGCGGAAAGUUCCAUUGGUCAUUGGUAAUAUGUUACAUUCAUGUAGCAUUCUGGUUUCUGCCUUUUUCUCCAAGAGGAAAAAGGAUUUUCAGUUUAUGGGCCCAACAGCAAAUGCGAGAGGCUUUGCCAGCCAGCUCAUUCAUUUUGUUGGCUUAAAUGUCAGCUAGUUUAACCAGAGUCAUAGUGUGUUUUUUCACUUGGCUGGUGAGAGAACACAACCUUUGAUAAUUAACAUGAAGCUAUUCAUUAGUACAAUCUAUCUAAUCUAGGGAGAUAUAAAAUACAAUGUCUUUAUUGAUUCUUUUGCUAUUUGAUAUCGCUUGUAACUCUGUGGGGGAGAAUGUGUGUGUACAUUUGAAAAUACGUAAACUUGCUGUGAUAGACUAAGGAAAGCUGAAUCCAGGAGAAAGCUAAGUAUGUGAUACGAAAGAGGACUGCCAGAGUUAACCCUUUUGGUAAACAUGGGAGGCUUGUUUCAUUAUUUUCUGUACCAAUGGUUAAAUACAUGUAUAGCAUCACUCUCAAGUUCUGUUUUAUUUUUUAAUUUAAAGAUUGUGAUUUAUUUUUUUAAAUUUGUUUUUAUUUCCAUUCUUCAUUACUUUUUAAAGGUAAAGGGAUUAUGAGGAGGAGGCAGAAAAGGAAAUGCAUUCUGCAUAUAAAUUCAAUUAGGACUGGCUAAUUUCCAUGCAUUUCCUCUGUAUGCAAAAGUUCUUCCAGUUGAUGCAGAUCAAGAGCUAAAUGUAGAUAUGUUCUUACUCAGUUUGGGAGGAGACUCUUUUCCUAUAUUAUCAGCCUCUGAUAAGAAGUACAGCUUUAUGAAUACAUUUCUGCUUGCAGUUUUCAGUAAUUAAUUUGCUGUGAUCUUUAGAUAUAUAAAAGGGCCUCACCUCAGAAGAUUAAUUUUGUGUGGAAUAUUGUUUUGUUAAUAAGGAAAAGGCGGUGAGAGUCCUUUUGCCCUUUUCGUUUCUGGGAGUUCAACUGGGCUGUUAUAUUUGCCUUUGUAAUUACUGUUUUUUUAUCGGUAACAAGGUCUGGUUUCUCAGAUAUCACUUGGAUCUAUGCUGUGUCAUUUAUUUGACCAAGUGCAGCACAAAAGAUAAUCUCUGAAGUGGUUCUGUUCCUAACAAGAGUGUCUUAGUUGGCCAGUCAUGUUGUUUUAAAGGCAUGGAAAAAACCUGUAGUUUUUUUUUUCACAGAUGUGAACAAAUGUGAGUUGAAACAAAACCAACAGAUGCAGUAAGAUGCCAUAUUUAUAAUCUGUUCUUUUAAAGUAGACUUGUGAUUGUAAGGAAGUAUUAUAUGUGAAUUUUACAAUUUGGAACUGUUGGUUUAUGGUCCUAGAUGAAUUAGCCAUGUGUUUGUCAUUAGUGUAAUUUAGUUUGUUUUGUAUUUGAUGCACAAGAUGCUUGUAUCAUCAGUAGCUUUGCUCUAUCUUUUUUUUAAUUCAUAUAAAUUGAGAGUAAUUUGAUAGAUGCAAACACUGUAGAAAGCUGUUUUUUAGAUUAAGAGGACGAUAUCCUUGACAGAUGUUUCCUUGUUUCAGUUUUUAAUUAACAUCUUUUACAUUAGUGUAGGUUUUGCAGACUUCUGACACAAGCAAGGGUUAUCACCUUCAGAAAUACUCAUGAAUGAUAAGCAUCUAAAGUUAUUCGCGCAGUCGAAUGACACACAGCUUAUUGUGUGCUUGAAAAUAAGACAUGUAACUGGUGUAAUUAAGACACUAGUGGAAGGUUAAAUGAUGAGCUGCUCAGAUUUGAAAGAUAGACUGAAUGACACUGCAUUUUGAGAGUCACUGAGAAUUGAGAUGCUGAGAAUCCCACCAGAGGGAUUUUCAUGGUUCUUGCUAUUCUUUUUUUUCUAGGACUAUUUUACUCAGCCAGUAAUACUGUGCUCGAUUUUCCAUCUUAGGCCCAUCUUAGAUAAAAUGGACGUCCCAAGAGCUCAUCCUGAGCUCCAGGGUGGACAGCCAGCCCUGUAGCUGCACGGGUGUCUUCUUGCCCUGACGUUGCCCACUUGUGGCUCCUGAGCACCUCAGUAAGGCCUGUCCCACGUUUGUGCUGUUCUCAGGCUGUUGUUACAGUAAGUUUCUGGGCUUGUCUUUCCCUCCUACUUCAGCUGCUCUCGUCGGAUAAUGAGUUUUUCUUUCCAACUUCGGAUGUUUGGGAAACACCUCUCCCUGUUGUAAGGCAGCUUGUAAAAAUAGUCAAGUAGUAACUUCAUUUUGAGCCUAAGUAGGAAAGUAAUUUUUAAAAUGCUUAAUCUCUCAGUAGAUGCACUUUAAUGCAAUUUAAAAUCUGGAAACUGGAGAGUCAGCAUUUAGUCUGAUCCAAAACUUACUGAAGUGGAAGGACAGGUUCCCAUUGGCUUCAAAGGGCUUUGAAUCAGCCAGAUCUUGGUCAGCCACCAGAAUAUGUGACCCUCCUGAAAUAAAUGGCUAACAAGUAAGCUAUUAAAUAACUUCACCUCUUCUGAGAACUUUUAUCUGAAUUUGGUUAAGCUUACAAGGAUUAAGCACAUGGCGUACGCUAAUUGCAAAUAAAGACCUUCAUUCCUUUUCUUUACUUCAGCGUGUCAGGGGGCUGGGAGCUUAAGGGAAGUAAUGGGGGUUUAUUUUGAGGAUUUUCGCUAUCAACAUUAUAAGGCCUCUGAUUUUUAGUGAGUAGAUGAGUGCAGAAUCUAGUUGAGUUACUACUUUAAAAUGAGGACGCUUUGAUGUGUGCCUGCAGUAUAUCCAAGGUGUUGCCUUGGACCUGGUUUAUCCAAAGAAAAAGUGCCAUAGUACAGGUGUAACGAGAGGGACUGGUCUGAUAUAGAAAAAGGGAGCCAGAUCACACGUGCUUAUAUCUGAUUUCACCGAGGUGAUUUUAAAAAUGUGAUGUUUGUUUUUAAAACUGUAUUGUGGAGAUUGCUUUUAAAUGACGUGGAGAGAGUGAAGUGGGAGCUUGAGGCUGUUGAAGCAAGCAGUUGACGAUGGUGAUUAUAGAAAACAUUUUUUUGCUUUGAAUUGUAAGGAGAAAAAUAUGUAUGAAAGGUAAAUUUUAGUAUAGGUUCUGAGGAUUCAGUUGUGCUGCUUCCAAAGACAAAAAUACCAGCUGUUCUAGGUUAGGCCGGAGGUCAUUCAUAAGAGGUAGCAGCCCCUUUAAUAUGUUGUUUUUUCCUUCAUUUCCUGUCAGUUUAAGGACAGAACAAAUAUGUCUCUGCUGGUUUUUCUGACUUGUAACGGAUAGUAUCGUGUCAGAUUGCUUGUCCUCAUUCUGUCUGCAGCAGAGUAGAAUUUGCACUAGUUGCAUUCAAGUGUAUGCAUCUAUACGUCUUGACAUCUAAAAUAGUUGGUUUGGAUACAACUUUGAAAUUCAGGGUAGAUAAAUCUACGGAACAGAACAGUGAAGUACUCAGCUCUGUUCUAGUUUCAAAAUAAAGAUAACUCCAUAUUCAUCUCACAGUAAGAAGUUAGGAGAAAAUAAUGAGUCUUGCUUCAUCUAAUCAUAGCCGCUACAUGUGCAUUACUAAUCAGGUAACUCCAUUUUAGAUUUGAAUCAGGCUUCAUAUUAAAAAGAGAAAAUAAGUAUGCACCUGUUAUGAACUAUUGAAAGUGAAUGUCAGACUGUUUCCUUGUAAUUUUGAUUCAAGUGAAUUAAAAUCAGCCUUUCUCUGAUGUUUCUGACAUUUUGGAGAACCAGUGCUACCUUUGGAUUGUGUCGUUUUGUGUUUUUGAAAUUCUGUUCUCUUUGAGAAGAGAGACCUUCUCUCUCUGAGACCUUUCAUUGAGAUAGCAAGAUUGAGCAGGUUCUGCAGCUUUGGCCAGAAGUGAGAAUGCACAAGUCGGAGAGUCAGGACGUUCCCAAAUGCUGGAUACAGACACUCCUUAUACAUUGCCUUCCAUUUCUAGAUAUAUAUAUAAUACAAAUCUCUACGUGUCCGAAAUAGCAGGAAUACUGGUACUUAAAGCAGGAAAAUCUGGCUUCAUAUAAAUGAGCAUCUUUUCCCUUUUAAAAAAAAAUCUGCAUUGUUUCAGUGGAAGAAAGCAUUUACAAAGCACAUGUUGGUUGCACUCCUCAUUCUUCUUUACUUCUAAAUUAUUUCAAAAUCAAGUCCUGAACUUACACAGAACUUUGGUAAUAAUGGUGCUUUAGCACCCCAUGAAAACCUCAUGUAACGGGAAGAAUUCUGAAACUGUAGUAAACAAAGUAAUUACUUUUAUGUUAUCUUGAAGUGUAAAAUCUCUCAGAUUUUCUAAUCUGUGUCUGUUAAUUUGUAUGUAAUAUUCUUUAGCGGUAGACCUUUUUGAUUAAAAAAAAGUGUAGGCUUAAAUAUUUGCAAGAUUAAAAGCCAGGAACAGCCUGUUUCCAUAUAAAGGCAUCUGUUUUUGCAGUUACUGCCCAAGUGGAAAAUUGGAAAGAAAUUGUUGUGCUUUCCGUUAGCUUUAGGGCAUUACAUAGCUAAAAAUUCCAUGUAUCCUUUUUGAGAGUGGUACAUGUAGGAAGAUGCAGGUUUCAAAAAUGCUGAAGGAGAAUUGAAUAAAACCAAAAUAAAAGGAUGUGUCCUGAUUUUUUUAUUAUUAUUAUUUUUUCUUUAGUUUUUAAGAAGAAUCAUAGGCCAUCAUCUUGGAGAAGUUAAACGUAACAGUCUCAGAUAACUUCUUCAAAGCAAGUCCUGAACAGGAAAAGUAAAUAUUCCCCUUGGAACAUUCUUUGUGUUUGGUUCCUUAACUAUCAGAAUAUCAUGCUGUUGAGUGAGAAGAGAUGAAAUUAUUCAUGCUGAGGUGUGGUUUUAUUGCAUGGACAGAAAUGCAUUAAAAGAAAAGAACUCUUAUUUUUUUUUUUUUGCUGACCUAACUGCAUCUCCAGAAGUUCUAUUUUUAUUUCCUACAUAUUUCCUACCCAGCGCCUGACUAUUUCUGCCUACUUCUAUAGUAGCUAUGGUUGCCUAAGGUGUUAACCCUGUGUUGUAAUCUACCUUUCUCCCCUUAGACACCAUUCCUUUGUCACUUUUUGUAUUUAUUUGCCUUUAGACUCAAAUCCCAGAGAUCAUUUUUUAUCUAUUGUUACUUACUACAAUGAGCAGUGUGCUCUUAUGAUGAUUUAGGCUGUAUCUGCGUUAUCCUACUGUCAACAGCCACAUCCAACCCCUGCCACCGAUUUCUUCUCCAUUUUGUAGUCUAACAUCUAAAUGAAGAAUAAGCUAUGCAGUUGAAAAGUGUAUACUUCGAGGGGUUCUGUCAAUGUAGUAAAAGAAGUCAUAUUCACAAUUUGUUAUUAGAUGUAGAUAUUUAGAGUACUGCUUUUUUGUAUUUCUCUAUUUAGAUGUGGAUAUCAAGGAAAAUCUGGUUUUGUAUUUUUCUAUGUGAAUUAUGGAUUUAGGAGUGUGAAGAGGCUGAUAGAAGCAGGACAAAAUAUAUGAGCAGCUCAGCAAUCAAAGUGUGUUCUGUUCAUGUGUCACAGCGCCUGUGUGAGUCUUGGAGGCUCUGAGCAGAUGAACGAGUUUCUGAGAAGUAGCAUCUAGGGUGAACCGUCCAUAUGGGGAAAUGAAAGACAGCAGUGUGCUUACUGCAGUGUGCCAUGUGUUUGCCCUUACGUGACAAAGUUCACUUACUGGCUUAGGCUUGUGGCAACCUGUUUGUCUGCCUAUACUUUUGAUAUUAUUGCUUCUUUGUUUGCUUACCCCUUCUCACAGAGAAAGCGUCUCCUGCUUUGUUCCCAGUUUAUUCAUGUUGCCUGGCUGGAGAGAGGCAUCCAUUGUAGGUGUUGUUAUUGGGCUUUGGCUGUCAACUUGGGAAUUUGGGAAUUGCUUUUGUGUUUUAAGAGUCCUAAUGUCUUCCUCCUCAUUUGGUGAGAAGGGCAAAAUAGAUCGGUAACCUGUCGUCCUUAAACAGAUGGGCUGAAAGAGACAGAAGGUUCCAACGUCACUGUCUCCAGCAGCUUUGGAGAGAAACUGCAGCAGGGGUGCAGUAAAGUAGGCAACAAGAGCGUCAUCAGGCUUCCUUAAGCCAGACGUAAUAUUGAUAGAAUGAAAAAGUUUAAGAGGAGACUUUCCUUAACCUUGCGUGGAAGUCAGACCAUUGAUGAAUCACUGUCUGAGCUAGCAGAACAAAUGACAAUUGAAGAAAACAGCAGCAAAGAUAAUGGUGUGAGUAAUAAUGGAAGGAUCAGCUACAGUAAAGUGCAGCCUAUUGUGAAGAAUGGCAGGCCUCCAACGUCUCACAGUAUGCACUCAUUUCUCCACCAAUACACAGGAUCUUUCAAGAAGCCCCCUUUACGAAGACCACAUAGCGUCAUAGGGGGCAGCCUCGGCUCUUUCAUGGCAAUGCCCAGAAAUGGGAGCAGACUAGAUAUUGUUCAUGAAAAUCUGAAAAUGGGGUCAGAUGGUGAAAGUGACCAAGCUUCUGGAACAUCAUCUGAUGAAGUUCAGUCUCCCACGGGUGUUUGUCUCCGAAACCGAAUACACAGACGAAUCUCCAUGGAGGAUUUGAACAAGCGUUUGUCCCUGCCUGCUGAUAUCAGGAUACCCGAUGGCUACCUUGAAAAGUUACAGAUUAACAGCCCACCGUUUGAUCAGCCCAUGAGCAGACGUUCUCGUAGAGCAUCUCUAUCAGAAAUUGGAUUUGGAAAAAUGGAAACCUAUAUCAAGUUAGAAAAGCUUGGAGAGGGUACUUAUGCAACAGUUUAUAAGGGGAGAAGUAAAUUGACAGAGAACCUGGUGGCUCUGAAAGAAAUUCGCUUGGAACACGAAGAGGGAGCACCUUGUACAGCCAUAAGAGAAGUGUCAUUAUUAAAAGAUCUGAAGCAUGCGAACAUUGUUACGUUACAUGACAUUGUUCACACAGACAAGUCUUUGACUCUUGUUUUCGAAUAUCUGGACAAGGAUCUGAAGCAGUACAUGGAUGACUGUGGUAAUAUCAUGAGUAUGCACAAUGUAAAGCUAUUUUUAUACCAAAUUCUUCGUGGUUUGGCAUACUGUCAUAGGAGAAAGGUGCUACAUCGAGAUCUGAAGCCACAAAAUCUACUAAUUAAUGAGAAAGGAGAACUGAAGCUAGCAGACUUUGGAUUGGCUAGAGCGAAGUCUGUUCCUACGAAGACCUAUUCCAAUGAAGUUGUCACGUUAUGGUACAGACCACCUGAUGUACUGCUCGGAUCUUCAGAGUAUUCAACUCAAAUUGACAUGUGGGGUGUUGGAUGCAUAUUUUUUGAAAUGGCAUCAGGAAGGCCUCUCUUCCCAGGUUCGACUGUUGAAGACGAGCUGCACUUAAUUUUCAGGCUUCUGGGAACCCCAUGUCAAGAAACAUGGCCAGGCAUUUCUUCUAGUGAUGAAUUUAGAAACUACAACUUUCCCAAAUAUAAACCACAACCCCUAAUCAACCAUGCACCAAGGCUAGACACGGAAGGAAUUGAAUUGAUAGCAAAGUUCCUUCAAUAUGAAUCAAAGAAGAGAAUUUCGGCAGAAGAGGCCAUGAAACAUGCAUACUUCAGGAGUCUUGGAACAAGGAUACACAGUUUGCCUGAAAGUGUUUCAAUAUUCAGUCUAAAAGAGAUUCAGCUGCAGAAAGACCCUGGCUUUCGAAAUUCCACUUACCCAGAGACAGGACAUGGGAAGAACAGAAGGCAGAGCAUGCUUUUUUAAAGUGGGCGGUUCAGAGUCAAGCCCAAGCCUAUCCUCUCAAUCAAGGACUCGGAUCUGAAGGCAGUGCUCUCUUUUGGUGGACUUGGAAUCGCAGUUUGUCUACACUGUCCUCUUCACAGUGGAGUCUUUUUAUUUCCAACCUGCAGAUUAUGUUUUUAUAUUUGUUGUCACAGUGUGACAAUUUUUUGUACAGUUGGUUUUAAGGUCUCCUCUGCCACUAGAGCCAGUAGGUUACAGCUGUUGAUGUAACUGUAGCUGCAAUUUUUGUGCAGGACUGAGAAACACAGUGCAUUAUUUAUUGCGGAAUCAUUGCUGCUAAAUAACUACUGUCUGUAUAGUUAACACAACAGUUCCAUGCCUGAAGAAGUUGCAGUGGCUUUAUAAUAUGUGAAUGCAUCUGUUUCUCUUCAUAAAAUGUUCUACUGCUGCGGGGUUUUUUUGUAUUUCGUAAACUGCAGUGUUUCCUGGAAUGUAAGCAUAGCUUUGCUUGGCUAUAGGUGAACCAUCUUUAAUGCUCUGAGUUCAUGGCACUUAAUUCCUUAUUUAACAUUGAAAGUAUGUGUUGAAAUAGUUGAAAAAUUAUAAUGCAUAUUACGUUUUUCGAAAAGCACAUGGUGUGAAAGUUGAUUCAAACAAGUGAAAAGUAACUAUUAUUUGCUCUCAGAUCCUAUAUUAGUUAUUGAUGAAUUAGAGCAUGGAGACUGGAUGAUUAAUUUUGUCAGGCUUACUCCAGCAUCAGGUAUUUGCACGUUGUUGUGCAUAUUGGGCCUGGUAGAAGCAGUGACUUGCAGAAGCAAUGACUUUUUUUACCUUGUUUUUAACUUAGGAAUACAAAUAGUAGAAAAAAAUUUAAAAAAAGAAAAAAAAAAAAAAGAUUCAUACAUGUUGGACCCUGACUUACUUUUGAAAUUUUGAAUCUUUUCAUUACAGAGGAACGGGACGACUAAUUACAAGAAUAUGGGAAUAAUGCGAUGUUUUCCCACCUCGUUUCUCUCCCAUUUGUGCAUUAUUCACUUGAAAUCAACUGGAAAGAUGCAAGUUUGUACUUGAUAAGAACUCACUAUGCUAGAAAACUUUUAAAAUGGGAACUUAGAGAGUUUUUCAGAUCUUAGGUGUUAUCUGUUUACCAGGGAUAGUAAACAUGUUACUACUACGUUUAUGCAUCUCAGUGAGUAUCAUAAGUACACCCUUGGUGAUGGUUACAGUAUUUUUAAGCAUUUGUGUUCACCUUUAUGAACCUAUUUGUUUAGUGCAUCUUAAAGAGACUGUAAAUCUUUAUUGGUAUAUUUUGAAAUGGUCAUGUAAAUCUUUGGCUGGUAUAUCAUGAAAAUAGUCAUAGGUAACUUAAUUUUUCCUGACAUUCACUGUAAAACAUUCAGGGGUCCUACCAUUUCUGUUCAGGAAAUCUUGUAGUUUAUUGUUAUUUAACAGUAUUAAGUGAAUUUUUGUAUAUUUCAUUUUAACUUUAUUUGUGAAUAGUGAUCGUGGCAUGUUUGGGGGUGUUUUAUUAAUAUUUCAUCGAUACUGGUAAAUUUGAAUUGGGAUUUUUUUUUUUAUUUUCUGAAAGAGAGGAAUUCAUGUGUAAUGGUGACUGUUGGACCACUACUGCUUUUCAGCAUUUGUAAACCGGUUUUAGGUUAAAUCUUGUAGACCUAACAAACUGCUGUUAUUUCUAACUGACCGACCUGUAUUAAUAUUGUACUUUUGAAAGUAUAAAUAUUAUGUGGAAUUCUUUGGUUUUGUUUUGAAAUUUAUAAUAACAAAGGCCCUGUGUUGUUAAAAAUACAGACUAAGUGAACUUGCAGUUCCUGGGGCAUUGUUGGAAACUUAGCUAGAUCCGUGUGUUGUGGGAGUCAGCGGUUUAACUUGAGCUGCUUACGAAUUCUUGCAACGAAGAAGUAGUGGCAGUGAAGGUGGCAUGACUCACCUGCAACUGAGGCCGUUCAGGAUCGUACCAUAAUCACGGUCCAUAGUCUAUUUACUAGCAGUCAAGUCCUGCAUGUCACCUGGGUUCGUAAGUCUUGCCUAGCUCUAGGGAGGUGAUACGUGUCUGGGAUACAUGGAUUGGUCUUGCUGAUACCAGUGGGAGCGUUGUGUGUGUGCGUCAGAGGCAGGUUUGGCACCAAUGAGAAACCUUUGUCCUGAAAUAGUAGUUAAUAUAUUUUUUAUAGUCGAUACGGAUCUGAUCUAGAUUUUAUACUGAUUAACUUUGUAGGAGAUACAUUGUAGACGUGAUGGUGUUGAAGGAAGAAGUAUCCGAAAAACAUCUUUUUUUUUUCUACAGAAGUAGUGACAAUAUAGGGUAAAUGUUCAUUGUGAAUAAAUGUGGGGUUUAGCAUUUCUAGAACACAAUAUUUUCUAGGUCAUAAGAGAACAACGAUAAUGUGAUGCUAAUGAGUAAAGGACUUAAAGGUUUAACUGGUAAAAUGAAGUGCAUUAACAAAUUUGGAAGGGGAUCAGCUGCAGCUAACAGAAAGAGGUGUCCAUUUUGAGUAGGCAUUCAGGUUUGUUGUUACAGGUGAAAAGAUAUUCCAUAAAAUUAAAGCAUUCUGCAUACGUAGAGAUUUUUCAAAGGACCUACAAGUGAAUUGGUUUGCUUCAUUGGGAGGUAGCUUUGAAGCAUGCAACUUGGCAUCUGUGGUCAAGCCAGUUUUGUUGCAGUCUUUUUUAUUUGGUCCAUAAUUCCUGCAUCAGCAGAGACAAUUGUGUGGCAGAUGCCUGUUUGGGGCAGUAGUGAGUCUGAAGUCACUGGGCACUUCUCUGCCAGUGUUUUGGUGUAAUUAUUGGUGUAAAGCAUUCUGUCACCUGUCUGACAGCAUCAGGCACUACAGGCUUGGUUCUGCUGUCACUGGGAAUGUAGGGAGUGCUGAUCAUUUGGGGAGAACCUCAGCCACGAUAAUAACCAGGCAGAUGCUCUGUAAAAGUAGUUGACUGUCAAGAUUUGGUGUGACAUCCUCUGCCUGAAGAAGAUAGGUGAUCAGUUAAGGAGAAAUGGCCUGCAAGUUGUCGCUGAUCUAAGAUAAUCAUCUGUAGAAGAUACCCAUUGUAACCCAUCUACCUGGAGGUAGAAAGGGUGAGGUGUGUGUGUAGGGGUGUGUAGAAAGAAGUUGGCUUUGGAGACCAGAAAGAAGCAGGUGGUAGGAGGUUGUGUGCUCGUGGCAGGUGAGGGCUGAAGGGGAAAAAGGGUGGGUGGAGGAUGGGGAUUUACAGGCUGGGAAAGAGUGAGAGAUGGAAGGGAACAACCCAGCUGCACGGCAAUGCUCUAGUGAAACAUGCAUCUCAGCACAGCUGUGUUAUUUUUGUGCUGCUUUACCACAGCAUUAAGUAGCCAGAGUGUAUCCCUGAAUUGGGCAAUAAAAGUUAAAAUAAACAAUUAUUAAAGAAUCA